ACCCUAAUCCCCACCCGCCGCCAUGUCGUCCCCGCCGCCGGCCGCCGCCGCCGCGUCCCCCUCCUCCGAGCUGACCAAGUCCAAGAAGAAGAAGAGCAAGUCCAAGGACGCCGACGCCGUCUCCGCCCCGCCGCCGUCGCUCGCCGAGGCGGAGGCGAAGACGGACGGCUACAUCAUCAAGCCGCAGUCGCUGGUGCCGUCGCUGGACACCUCCACCUGGCCGCUCCUCCUCAAGAACUACGACCGCCUCAACGUCCGCACCGGCCACUACACCCCGCUCCCCUCCGGCCACUCGCCGCUCAAGCGCCCCAUCGCCGAGUACCUCCGCUACGGCGUCAUUAAUCUCGACAAGCCCUCCAACCCCUCGUCGCACGAGGUCGUCGCCUGGAUCAAGCGCCUCCUCCGCGUCGAGAAGACCGGCCACAGCGGCACCCUCGACCCCAAGGUCACCGGCAACCUCAUCGUCUGCGUCGACCGCGCCACCCGCCUCGUCAAGUCGCAGCAGGGCGCCGGCAAGGAGUACGUCUGCGUCGCCCGCUUCCACGCCGCCGUCCCCGAGACCGCCCGCGUCGCGCGCGCCCUCGAGGCGCUCACCGGCGCCGUCUUCCAGCGCCCGCCCCUCAUCUCCGCCGUCAAGCGCCAGCUCAGGGUCCGCACCAUCUACGAGAGCAAGCUCCUCGAGCACGACCCCGACCGCCACCUCGCCGUCUUCUGGAUCUCCUGCGAGGCCGGGACCUACGUCCGCACGCUCUGCGUGCACCUUGGCCUGCUGCUCGGCGUCGGCGCCCAUAUGCAGGAGCUGCGCCGCGUCCGCUCCGGCAUUCUUGGGGAGCAGGACAACAUGGUCACCAUGCACGAUGUCAUGGACGCGAGGUGGGCGAUGGACAACUACAACGACGAGUCCUACCUGAGGCGCAUUGUCAUGCCUCUCGAGGUAUUGCUCACUAGCUACAAGAGGCUUGUUGUUAAGGACUCCGCUGUUAAUGCUAUCUGCUACGGCGCUAAGCUUAUGAUCCCCGGGUUGCUCCGGUUCGAGAAUGACGUCGAGGUCGGGGAGGAGGUGGUUCUCAUGACCACAAAAGGGGAGGCCAUCGCUAUUGGCAUCGCCGAGAUGACCACCGCUGUUAUGGCUACCUGUGAUCACGGCGCGGUGGCGAAGAUCAAGAGGGUGGUGAUGGACAGAGACACGUAUCCGAGGAAGUGGGGGCUUGGCCCUGUUGCGCUCAAGAAGAAAAAGAUGGUCGCGGAGGGGUUGCUGGAUAAGCAUGGGAAGCCAAACGAGAAGACCCCGGCUGAGUGGCUCCGCAAUGUGGCGCUUCCUACUGGUGGUGAUGCGAUGAUUGCUAGCAUUGCAGCUGCUCCUGAAGAGGCGAAGGUUAAGGCGGAGCCGGAUGUGGUUGUGACUGAAGAGGUCAAGGAGAAGAAGAAGAAGAAGAAGCACAAGGAUGAGGAGGAUGCUUCUGAUGAAGGCCGCAAGAGGAAGAUUGAAGAUGACGACGCGGCUGCUUCUGUGCCUGUAAAGAAGAUCAAGGUUGAAGAGAGUGCUGAAGAGGUAGAAGGGGAGAAGAGCGAGAAGAAGAAGAAGAAAAAGAAAGACAAGAGUGAACAAGGAUCAGGCGACGCAGACUUGAAGGAAGAGAAGGGUAAUCUAUCUGAUGAGGAGAAGGGUGGCAGUGAGAAGAAAAAGAAAAAGAAGAAGAGCAAGGAAGGAGGUGAUGUUGUGGAUCCAGAGAGCGCGGCAAAUGGAGACGGCACUGACGCUGAGAAAAGUGCCAAGAAAAAGGAGAAGAAAAAGAAGAAGAGUCGAGAUACAGAGGAGGCAUAAUAGGUAGAACUAUACUAUGCAUUGGCUGGAUGUACCCUUUGUAUUGUGGUUGUGGGGAAGUUCCAAAUGCCUAUCUUGGAUCGCUGAGCAUCCCCUUGCCAACCACGAAUGAUUUUAGGCUUAAAAGGCCUAAUAGCCCAUCCUUGAAUUACUGCCAUUUUACGGUGGUAAGUAGCAAUAUUUCCAUUGAACUUGUUGAACAAUGAGACAUGUAUUGCCGUCC